ACGUCAGGUCAAGAUUACAGCACAUUACUUCCUCGUUGGAAAGUGCUGUAGCAUUAGCAUGAAUGUUUUGACUGAAUUUAAUGGAUUUUUUUUUUUGGUCCGUUAAUUUACAAACAGGCAAUAUUACAAGAUGUCUGAAGGAGCAGAGCUGGUGGUGGAGCUGAAACAGAGAGUCAGCUGCUGUAUAGAUGAAGCCAAAGCAAAGCUGCACAGCCUUAGUAAGGACAUAUGGAGCCACCCGGAGCUGGCUUAUGAGGAGAGGAAGGCUCAUGACAGACUGGUAGUGUUUUUCCGUAAGGAGGAAGGCUGGACGGUCGACAGUCACUUCAAACUCGAGACUGCAUUUCGGGCCACUUGGGGGACUGGAGGCAGCGAGCAGGGAGACGUGGUCAACGUGGGCUUCCUGUGCGAGUACGACGCUUUGCCUGGUAUUGGACACGCAUGUGGACACAACCUGAUAGCUGAGGUUGGAGCUGCUGCGGCUCUUGGGCUCAAAGCUGUGCUGGAGAGCACACAGAACCUCUCUCUCCGGGUCCAGGUGACAGUGCUGGGGACUCCAGCUGAGGAAGAUGGUGGAGGUAAAAUUGACAUGUUAAGGGAGGGUGCGUUUGAGGGUCUGGAUGUGGUGUUUAUGGCUCACCCAUCUAAGGAGGAUGCCACAUACCUGCCCUGUGUGGCAGAGCACGAUGUAACGAUAAAGUACCACGGUAAGGCGUCUCAUGCCUCGGCCUACCCCUGGGAGGGAAUCAAUGCGUUGGAUGCAGCGGUGCUGUGCUACAACAGCCUGUCUGUGCUCAGACAGCAGAUGAAGCCAGACUGGAGAGUUCACGGUAUCAUAAAGCAUGGUGGAGUGAAACCAAACAUCAUCCCUGCCUACACUGAGCUGGAGUACUAUCUGAGGACCCCCUCAGUCUCUGAGCUUUCUGUCCUCAAGGCAAAAGCUGAGGUGUGCUUUAGAUCAGCCGCUGUGGCAACUGGCUGUGAGGUUGAGGUAGAGUUUGCAAGAAAUACAUUUGACAACAUGCUGCGCAACUCUGCACUGGAGGAGCUGUACGAGAGAAAUGGAAAGGCUCUGGGGAUGGACUUCACCACAGAUGAAGAUGUUCUCAAAAAUGAAUCAGGCUCCACGGACUUUGGCAAUGUGACAUUUGCGGUUCCUGGCAUCCAUCCGUACUUCUACAUCGGUUGUAAUGCUCUCAACCACACAGAGGAGUACACCGUUGCUGCUGGUGAUGACCGAGCUCAGUUCUUCACCCUGAGGACAGCAAAGGCUCUCGCCAUGACGGCCCUGGAUGUCCUGCUGCUUCCAGAGCUACUGCAGAGGGUGAAGCAGGAGUUCACUGAGGCCAAACUGAAGGAGGACAGAAGGCUGGCAGCGUCUGCAAAACAGAACUGAUGCAGUCACACUGACAGCAUCUGAGGUCCAGGCAGAUCAAACUCUGUUCAGCAGCCCCUUCUGGCUACUUCAUUCUUGAGUUUAUUGGUGAAGGCUGCUUUUGGAAAGUGGCCAGCUGCCUGAAUCUGGCAACAAAAGAGACAGUAGCUGUUAAGAUCCGUAAGGAAAUUGGUUUUAUCCAGGACACUGAGACACUGAGAUAGGUAGAUCUUUGGACUUAUAUAUUAUACUAAACACAGGAUUAUAUUCCUGUGUUUAGUUUUCAUCAGUUCCAUCAGAAAAUGGCCCACCAACUGCUGAUACCUGUCUAUAUAAUCAAGUUUUUUCAUUCCUCCUCUUUUCUCUCCAGGUGUCCAGGUGUCAUCAAUGUCCUGAAUCCAAACCGCACUAAUGUGGUGAUGUUCUUUGAGUGGUUUGAACAUAAUGGUCAGACCUGUCUGGCAUUUGAGUGUUGUGAUCAACCCAUGGGGGAGAUGUUUUGAACUCUUUGUGGACAUUUUGAACAGCUUUGGAUUUUUUAUAGCUUCUCCUGGACUCUUUUGGGACUCUAGUUUCCUGAGUUUUUGGUUCUUUGAUUAAUGGUUUUGUUAUGUUGAAGUCAUGUUACUUGUGUUUUUGGUUUUCUUGAACUCGUUCUGUAGUUCCCGUGUACUUCCUGAUUCGUCUUAGUCUACUCCUUGCCUUUGUCUGUUUCCCACCUUUGUUGAUUGUCUGCCCUGCCCUAAUGUGUGUCACCUGUUGUCAAUUAGCCCUAGUGGAUUUUAGUCUUGUUGCUCCCCUGUCCCCUUGUCAGUUCAUCUGUGCUGUGCUGAAGUCUGCCUUCUCAGGCCCCCGUGCAUGAGUUCACAUCAUCGUUUUGUCUCCCAAGUUGUUCCUUGUGUGCCCCCCUUGUGUACUUUCCUCUGUGGCUUGUUUUUUCCUCAAGGAAAGACUUUGGAUUUUCUGAAUUUUUCUCCGCUGUGGAUGAUUUUCUAUUCUCCCUGUUUGACUUUUGGCCAGUGGCUUUCUGCCAGUGUACUUAUGUUAUUAAAAGGACAUUAUUA